GAAAAGAACGAGUAUUGGGCAAAUUGCCGGCAGAGCUGUGAGCCGGGCGAAAUCGACCCGAACGAUGCGCCGGAGUAUCAGACUCCUUGGACUUGCAGCGUCAUCGGGGGCUCGACCCCAUCCCCGUCUCCCCAGCCGUCGCCCUCACCUCCCCCAUCUCCCACUCCAAGCCCCGCACCUAACCCGGUGCCGGGAAUGGCGUUCACCACGAGCACAGCGGGCUCGGGAAAGGCGCGACUGUUCGAGUUCGUGGAUGCCCUGACUGCCUUGCCUGCAGCUGGAUCCAAGUACAGGGCGGUGCGUUCCUCGGGUGGAGCCGCAGGCGGCGUGGUUAGUGAGAGCCAAGGAUACGGACUUCUAUUGGCGGGUUCCGCCCCGGAUGGCGAUGCCGACGCUCUGGCUGGCAUGUUGUUUGCGGUGCUCGCAAUGGAACAGGAAAGCUCCCCACCCAGCUGGCUUGACGAGGUUGGCCAGUGGGCUUACGACACAUGCAAGCAGUUCUACAUGAGCUCCACUGUGGCCUCUAGCUCGGGAAAUCACCGCAUUGUCAAGCUGGGUGCCUGUUGGGGCGGCUGGGAUGGAGAUGGCCAGAACCCCAGCUAUCAUGCUCCGGGCGUCUACAGGCUGUGCCGCAACUACAUGAAGUCUCACGACACCAAGUAUGGCUCCUCCGCCAACGAAGGAGAGAAUUGGGAAGCCGACUGGAACAAGGUCAUUGCCACCACCUACAAAGUUUUUGAGGCCACCCAGUGUCCUUCCACUGGUCUCGUGCCCAAUUGGGCCAAGGUCUAUGAAGAAGGCCAAAGCCUUCGUGCUGAGACGGGCUUCUCUGGCAGUGGAACGCCGGGUGCCGAGUAUGGUUCUGAAGCGAGCCGCACCGUGUGGCGCGUGACCCUAGAUUACCUCCUCUUCCCGAGCGAAGCCGGUGAUGCCGCUGCCUUUUUGGAUCCUCUUGCCACCCACCUGGAGGACAAGGAGACGAACGGCAAUUGGGCGACGGCUCUGGAUGUGGAUGGCAGCUGCUUGGUCGACUCCGUCCACAGCAGCUGGUCCUGGAACAUGUUCAUGGCCGGUCCAACGUUCUCCUGCCUCGUUUGUCCAGCCAACUCUGUGCAGGAGGACCGGCAGCAGGAGCUCAUUGAUGCCGCCGGCAACAGGGUGGCAUCCAAGGCGAUCGAAGACUACUACUCAGGCAGCUGGAUUGCGAUCAGCACCAUCACCCUAAACGGAGACCUUCUGCGCGCAGCCGAUCGCAUCGGCUUGCUCGGAUCAGCGUCCACGACGUCCACGACGACAGCGGCCCCGACGACACAAGCCACCACGGCGCUGCCCACGACGACGUCGCCUUCCGGUGGAUCUGA